GUCUGAAGAAGCUCACCUUCAAUCGCCCCUUUUCAGCUUAACCCUCUCUCCUUGCUCGAUAUCCGAUCAUUUUCGAUUAUCAAACGGACUGAACUCGAACCAGCAGAGCUGAAACUCGAUAGUCCCAGCCUCUUAAGUCUUCCCAGGAGGUGCGCCGGUCGACCCAACUUUAUAACCCCCUCCGAUUCCCCCUCACCGCGGCACCUCCUCCUACCAUGUCGAACCUCUUUUCAGGAAUCAACGCCCGCUUCCGGGGCCAAGCCGCCAAACCGCCGGGCUCGAACAAGUCUCCAACGUCCUCAACCGCCGGUCAGCCUACGUCACCGACCGUUUCUCAGGGAAGCCAGUCAUCCACCAACUUGGCUCCUAAAGUCCCGCCUCUGCCCAACUCUCCUUCGCUCGCCCACUCUAUUGGCAUGGACGACCAGGGUGGCUUGUCCGACGGCGACGGCCUUCUCGGCUCCUACCAUCUGCCACGGCCUAUGCCCAUCUGGCUGAACUCCAAUUAUGGCAAGCAUAUCGUCAAGGGCAACUUUAUGACUCUGAGUGCGAGACCUAAGACGGUUGAACAGGGCGAGUGGAUUGCGCAUCAAGUGGUUGAGCACUACCGCAACCUCUGGAACUUCGUCCGUGUUCUCCACGAGAAGGAGGAAGAUGGCUCGACGAUUUGCAACGGCACUACAUGUCCCAGGAUGUCCGCCGGAGCGAACCACUCAUUCACUUGGCUUAACAGCCGUCGGGAGCCUGUCGAGCUUCCUGCCGCCGAAUACAUGACUCUUAUGCAGAGAUGGAUCUCAGGCAAGAUUGACGACACCAACAUCUUCCCGACCGACCCCUCGGGCGUCUCGUACGCGCACAACGCAAACAUCACCGCCACGCCCCUCUCACAGCUCACAAACCCUGGUGAGCCCGACUGGAUCGGCAAGCGAUCAGGUUUCCCGCAGAAUUUCAUCGACGUCUGCCAAACCAUCUUCCGCCAGAUGUUCCGCGUCUACUCUCACCUCUACUGGGCUCACUUCACCGAGCCUUUCUACCACCUCAACCUCGAGAAGUCCCUUAACAGUUGCUUCAGUCACUUCAUCCUGACCGCCACGGCUCUCGACAUGCUCAAGCCUCAUGAGCUCGAGCCCAUGCAGCCGCUGAUCGACCUAUGGGCCGCCAACGGCACCUUCCCACCCGAGUCCAAGGCUUACGAGUAUGCCAACCUCCGCGCUGGCGAGCGCCUGAUGCAACUUGCCGGCGUUUGAUAGACUUCUUUCGGAGACGAGCCAGGCACGGCAGCUAGAGGCACCGAACCUCCAUAGGUGAUGGCCGGCUUCACUGUGCCUUUCGGCUAUUCCUGAGUUCUGGAAAGGUUGAGUCUUUUGGAACUUUUUGGACUCAUCUGGUCAGGGGGUAGCCAACGCUCUUACCAUCGGAAUCUUUGCUCGUCAAGGCUGGAAAAGAAGCAAAUGGGGCCUCCAGAGCCAAGCACGACAACAAUAAGAAAACGCAUUUUUCACACGUACGCACGCAUUGCAUUUGCAGCAGUCCCGGGGAGAAAAGAGAAAGAAACGGGCUGUAUGUUGGAGUUUUCGGAUUUGCUAUGAGGCCGGGCAACCUUGAGACACCCCCGUAAGAGAGGCGGCCAAAUCGUCUCACAGGGGAACGGCCAUGGGGAGG